CCGCGAGUGGAAGAUGGAUCUAAAAAAAAUUGAAACAAUCUAAAAAAAUUUAAAUCCCACCGUUGUCUUGAAAUGAAGCUAGGCUUUGGAGAUGGAUCUUCGUAUCGGGUUUUUAUACCAUCGUGAGGAUAAUCCACAGUCGUGGUUGAAAAGUUCAGUCAGUUCAAUGAAACGCGAUGUCCCUUUGUAUGUAAGCAAGAUGUUGGAUACGAUAUGUUUGAGGAACCGUACGUGGGAGUGAUGCGGACAAAAUCCUCUUCAAAACAGUCUUUACACUUAAUCCGUCAUCUUUUUCUUCUACUAGGGAGGUUAUACCCUCUGUUGCGAUUACGAAUGCCUCCGGCGAUUCUCAACCUGACCUAACUGUUCUCUAUUUAAGUUGACGAACUAUGCGAUUUCACCAUCCAAGAAAUGCCCCCUCAAAAACCCCAUAAGCAGUAUUUCUACUACGGCCACCGCCACCGCAACCCCCACCAGCACCGCCCCACCGUCUACGGCGGCUUCUUCACUAACCGCCGUUCCCUCCCUCCACCCAGUCCUCACCAACCCACUUCCCCAAAACCCCAACCCUUCCUUCUUCACAACUGGGAUCCUGAUCUCCCAUCUCAAAAACGCUCCAACCUCCCGUCGUCCACCUCCGAUGCCUUCUUCUCCACCUCACUCCGUCUUUCCCCAAUUGCUCGAUUCAUUGUCGACGUCUUUCGGAAGAAUCAAAACCAGUGGGGCCCCCCGGUGAUCUCUGAACUCAACAAGCUCCGCCGUGUUACUCCGGACCUUGUGGCGGAGGUUCUCAAGGCUUCUCACCGUCGUGAUUCUAACUCUAUUUUAGCCUCCAAGUUCUUCUACUGGGCUGGGAAACAAAAGGGGUUUCAUCACACUUUUGCUUCUUACAAUGCUUUUGCUUAUUGUUUGAAUCGCCACAAUCGUUUCAGAGCUGCUGAUCAGAUCCCCGAGCUCAUGGAUUCGCAAGGUAAGCCUCCUAGUGAAAAACAGUUUGAGAUUCUGAUUAGGAUGCAUUGUGAUGCCAAUAGAGGUCUUAGAGUUUACUAUGUUUAUGAAAAGAUGAAGAAGUUUGGGGUUGUUCCCCGUGUCUUCUUGUAUAAUAGGAUUCUCGAUGCCUUAGUCAAAACAGAUCAUUUGGAUUUAGCUUUAACUGUUUAUAGGGAUUUCCAGGAAAAUGGGCUAGUGGAAGAGAGUGUCACGUUUAUGAUUUUGAUUAAAGGGUUGUGUAAAGCAGGGAGGGUUGAUGAAAUGCUUGAGCUUUUGGCUCGAAUGAGGGCGAAUUUGUGUAAGCCUGAUGUGUUUGCUUAUACAGCAAUGGUGAAGGUGUUGGCUUCUAAGGACAAUUUGGAGGGUUGUUUGAGAGUUUGGGAUGAAAUGAGAGCAGAUAGAGUAGAGCCUGAUGUUAUGGCAUAUGGGACUUUGAUUAUUGGAUUGUGCAAAGUCGGGCGGGCGCAAAAAGGGUAUGAAUUGUUUCAAGAGAUGAAAGGGAAGAGGAUUUUGAUAGACAGAGCAAUUUAUGGGACUUUGAUAGAGGCGUUUGUGCAGGAUGAGAAAGUUGGAUUGGCUUGUGAUUUGUUUAAGGAUUUGGUAGAUUCAGGGUAUAGAGCUGAUUUGGGGAUAUAUCAUUCCCUCAUUAAAGGUCUUUGUAAUGUAAAUCAAGUCGACAAGGCUUAUAAACUCUUUCAGUUAACCAUACGAGAGGAUCUUAAGCCAGAUUUCGAAACUGUGAAACCUAUUAUGAUGAUGUAUGUGGAGACGGGUAGAAUGGACGACUUUUGGAAGUUAGUAAGCUUGUUGCAGAAGUUGGAAUUUUCUGUGGAUGAUGUUCUUUCCAAAUUUUUGUCUUUUAUGGUAGAAGAGGAGGACAAAAUAAGCGUAGCUUUAGAUGUAUUUCACGGCAUGAUUGAUAAGGGAUAUGGCAGUGUUGCCUUAUACAAUGUCAUGGUGGGGGCUCUUCAUCGCUAUGGACAGGCAAAUAAGGCAUUAGAAAUCUACAAUGACAUGAAGAACUCAAAUAUCGAACCCAAUUCAACAACUUACUCCAUUGCCUUAUUAUGUUUCGUAGAAAUUGGUAAAAUCCAAGAGGCUUGUGCAUCCCAUAACAAAAUAGUUGAGCUGGGUUCAGUUCCUUCCAUUGCAGCCUACUGUUCUCUUUCCGAAGGUCUCUUCAAAAUCUGUGAGAUCAAUGCAGUUAUGAUGCUUGUUCGAGAUUGCCUGGCGAACAUCGAGAGUGGACCUCAGGAAUUUAAAUAUGCUCUAACGAUUGUCCAUGCAUGUAAGUCGGGUAAAGCGGAAAUGGUGAUCGAUGUUCUCAAGGAAAUGGUGCUACAAGAUUGCGUUCCGAGCUCAGUUGCAUACUCAGCUAUCAUAUCAGGAAUGUCGAAGUAUGGGACACUUGAUGAGGCAAAGAAAGUGUUUUUGCAUCUGAGGGAGAGGAAACAGCUGACUGAAGCUAACUGCAUCGUUUGUGAGGAAUUGUUAAUUGAACACAUGAAAAAGAAAACAGCAGAUUUAGUAAGAUGUGGAUUGAAGUUUUUCAAUCUUGAAUCCAGGUUGAAAGCAAAAGGUUGCAACUUGCUCUCAACUUAAAAACAUCCACUAACAUAUUUUAUUUAUCUCAUUAUUGUUUAUCAAUAAAAACUUUCAAAUCUUAUUCCAUUUAGAUCAACUUUUCAAGUGUUCUUAACACUUAUUUAAAAACACCUUACUAUUGUACAAACUUAGCUUUUCUUAGAAAAAUCUUUGAAGGAUUUGUGUU